UCAAAAUUGCCAACUUCCAAUCCGGUGUGUGACGGUCAAGAUUCAGCGUGGCGCCACGUAUAUAAAUAACAGCGUCUUUUGAGUCACAGAGCAAAAUCGUUUGCUUUAGAUUCGUAGUCUUAUGAGCCUGCUUCGUUUUCGGAUUCGCUGGACCACUUAUAUUCCAAAAAUGGCUGAAGAAAUAAGCAAGACCGAGCUUCGAUCAUCUACGGCUACUACCUCAUCAGCAUCAUCUACAACCCCCAAAUCUAGAUGGUUUUUGCCCUCUGUUCUCCGUUGGAUCCCCACUUCUACCGAUCAUAUCAUCGCCGCCGAAAAACGUCUGUUCUCUCUAGUCAAGACUCCAUAUGUUCAAGAGAAAGUUAAUAUAGGUUCAGGUCCACCUGGGUCGAAAAUCAGGUGGUUCCGUUCUUCCAGCGAUGAGCCAAGGUUCAUCAACACGGUUUCUUUUGACAGCAAAGAAGGCUCCCCCACUCUUGUAAUGGUUCAUGGAUAUGCAGCAUCUCAAGGCUUCUUCUUCCGCAAUUUCGAUGCUCUAGCUAGUCGAUUCAGGGUCAUAGCAGUUGAUCAACUUGGUUGGGGUGGAUCAAGCAGACCUGACUUCACAUGCAAAAGCACUGAAGAAACUGAGGCAUGGUUUAUUGAUUCCUUUGAGGAAUGGCGCAAAGCCAAAAACCUUAGCAACUUUAUAUUACUUGGGCAUUCGUUUGGAGGGUAUGUUGCCGCUAAAUAUGCUCUCAAGCAUCCGGAGCAUGUUCAGCACUUGAUUUUAGUUGGACCUGCUGGAUUUUCAGCAGAAUCAGAUCCUACAUCUGAGUGGAUUACCAAGUUCAGGGCAACGUGGAAAGGUGCAAUUUUGAACCAUUUGUGGGAGUCUAAUUUUACUCCUCAGAAGAUUGUCAGAGGUUUAGGUCCUUGGGGCCCAGAUCUGGUACGUAGGUACACUAGUGCUAGAUUUGGUGGAUACUCAUCUGAGAGCAUAUUGAAUGAAGAGGAGUCCAGAUUGCUAACAGAUUAUGUAUACCAUACUUUAGCUGCCAAAGCUAGUGGAGAGCUGUGCUUGAAAUACAUAUUCUCUUUUGGGGCAUAUGCUCGGAUGCCUCUUCUACGCAGUGCAUCAGAUUGGAAAGUGCCAACCACCUUCAUAUAUGGUGUCCAAGAUUGGAUGAACUAUCAGGGUGCACAAGAAGCCCGCAAGCAUAUGAAAGUCCCAUGUGAAAUUAUUAGGGUCCCCCAGGCCGGGCAUUUUGUGUUCAUAGAUAACCCAACCAGUUUCCAUGCAGCCAUGUUCUAUGCUUGCCGGAGGUUUCUUUCAUCUGACCCUGACAAUAUAUCUUUGCCCAAAGGUCUUUCGUCAGCAUAGAAAAAGGCAUGUUGUAACUUAACCUGAAUUUUGUAUAACAUGAUUACAUGAAUUUAUCUAUCAGAGUAGCAAAUUCUUUUUCGCAAUAAGGCAUUCUGUAUGCCCAUAUAAUCUCCAUUCUUGUAAAUUAAUACUGAAUGAUUGAUUUGCAAUGUAAAUAUGCAGAUUCUUUCA